GCGGCCGGCCAGGGCUGCUGCCUCAUCGAGGACGGCGAGCGCUGCGUCCGGCCGGCGGGCAACGCCUCCUUCAGCAAGAGAGUCCAGAAGAGCAUCUCGCAGAAGAAACUCAAGCUGGACAUCGACAAGAGCGUAAGACACCUAUAUAUUUGCGAUUUCCACAAAAAUUUUAUCCAGAGUGUACGAAAUAAAAGGAAGAGGAAGACAAGUGACGAUGGUGGAGAUUCUCCUGAGCAUGACACUGACAUUCCUGAGGUCGAUCUGUUCCAGCUGCAGGUGAACACUCUGCGACGUUAUAAACGACACUACAAAUUACAGACCAGACCAGGCUUCAAUAAGGCCCAGUUAGCAGAAACUGUCAGCCGACACUUCAGGAAUAUACCUGUGAAUGAAAAAGAGACCCUCGCCUACUUCAUCUACAUGGUGAAGAGUAACAAGAGCAGACUGGACCAGAAAUCAGAGGGUGGCAAGCAGCUCGAGUGAGGAGGAAGCACACCCUAAAGGAAUGACGUGUAAUGCCAAUGCCCAGGUGAUGUCCGCUGCAUUUAAGCCCAUAAAGACUGUUAACUUUUAUUGUAAAUAAAAAAGUUUGAAUGACGAA